AGCGGGGCCGGGAGCAGGACCGGGCAUGCACAGCGCCCGCCCGGACGAGCUCGGCGCCCACCGGUGGUGCCGGCGCGAAGCAGGGGCGGCGCCGCGGGCGCACAUGCACAGCACGCGGCAGGCCCCGCACCUCGCCGGAGGGGCGUCGGGACCGGCUCCCCGUGCCCCACGCCCCGGCUCGGCGGCGGACUCGGCCUGCAGCCUGGAUCCGGGCGGCGAGGAGGAGGACGGGGGGGGCCCGGCCGCCCGCUCCCCCCCGGCCAGCGAGCGCAGCCUGGAGUUCGACUCGGGGUACUCGGAGGCGUCGGGCGGCACGUGGCGGGAGGAGGAGGUGCCCGUGCGGCGCCGGCACCUGCUGCCCUGCCAGCGGGCACACCGGCUCUCCGCCGGCCCCGCCGCCCCGCCGCCCGUCCCCGCCCGCCGUGCCCGCCCCAAAUCCACCUCGGACGCCUGCCUGGAGCAGUGGCGGGCGCUGGAGCCCGCCGACACACAGGACUGGACCGUAGCGCUGCUGUCGCAGAGCCGGAACCGGCAGCCCCUGGUGCUGGGUGACAACUGCUUUGCUGACCUGGUGGAGAACUGGAUGGACCUGCCCGAGGUGGGCGCCGAGCCGCGGCGCCGAGCCCCCGCCGAGCCCUCCCGCCGGUUGGCCAAGCCCCCCGCCUUCCUGCUCAGCCUCUCGGGCAAUGUUCGCCGCAAGCUGGCCAACAUGGCCCGGCCCCGGGCGGCCGAGGGUGCCCGGCCAGGGGGCCGCGAUGCCACCAAGCGUUUCUCCUGCCCCCUGGGGCUGGGGGGGCAGCCCAAGGGUGCCUGCUUCCACCAGUCUCACAGCAACAUUGCCCAGCUGGCCACGGACUUCCACCGCUUCACCGCCCUGAUGAACAGCCGCAGCCGCCAGCCCAUCAUCUGCAACGACGUUAUCGGCUACAUUUAGCCCCGCUGCUGCCGCCCGCACCCCCUCCCUGUAAAUAAACCCCGGUUUUGUACGGUG